AACUAACCAGACCUCCCUCCUCCUCCUUACCUCAGAAAUGCGACAACGGCGACCUGGCAGUGCGAGCAGGACGAGUGCAUGAUCGACAUCAGCCUCAUGGACCACAUCAACAGUCGCCCUCGAGAGUACGGCUGGAGGGCCAACAACCACUCGGAGUAUUGGGGCAGGAAGAAGAGGGACGGCUUCCUCUACCGGACUGGCACUCUCAACCCCGAGGCACUGGUGGGUUCUUUUGGCACUUUGUACAGUCGCUGCAGAGUACCGCGAAAUCAUCUUGGCGCCCUCGACCUGACCCGAAUCACGAGCGAGUUCGAUGCCCGACCAGAAUGCCCGAGUGGGCGGUCGGGGGUCAGCGACGGUCGGGGACCCAGGCUGGUGCUGGGCGUAGUGGGGCUUCGUCGGAGCGCUGGGGUGGCGACCAGGACAGUGGUGAACGUGCUGGUCUUGCAUCUUGCUGAUCUGCGUUCCGAUCAGUGCGUGCCCGUGAACGGUAACCCCGUCAUUCCUUGCACACAGGUUCUGGGAUACUGUGACUCGGUUUUGGCACGGGACAGGCCAUCGGGACUUGCAGGUGUAAGGGAUGUUGUGAACUGUGGUUUUGUGCGCAGGACAGUUUAUUCCAGGCUUUCCAUCGAGUCCUUCGGAAACGAGACGGUGAGACUGUCUCCUCAGCACCUCCUGAGCUGCAGCAGACGAGGUCAAAGAGGCUGCGAGGGAGGUCAUGUUGACAGGGCGUGGCAGUACCUACGGAAGGUCGGUGUUGUGAACGAGGAAUGUUACCAUUAUGAAAGUGGCACAACAGGGAAGGUGCCAAGCUGCCGUAUUCCUGUGAGGGCCAACCUCUUCAGCCUCAGAUGUGCAUCGAAGGAGGUAAGUAAGGGGGGAAAAAGAAUACACAUACUCGCAAUAAUCUCCCAUAACCGCCGUUCUUCUCCACCGGCAGCCAUCAUGAAAGUGUACAAGGACCUGUUCAUGUACGGCGGCGGCGUCUACAGGCACACGGGAUCUACAGAGGAGGAAUAUGCCAUGCACUCCGUCAGGAUCGUGGGCUGGGGUCAUGACAGCUCCUUGGGAGGAAGGCCCACGAAGUACUGGCUGGUGGCCAACUCGUGGGGCACGGGGUGGGGCGAGCGCGGCUUCCUCCGCAUCCGGCGAGGAACCAACGAGUCCGAGAUAGAGUCCUUCGUGCUGACAGUCCGGGCACGACUCGCCGCCUACGACAGGAAGGCCCGGCGUCGGAGGCCCGGUCGCCACGCCCACCCUCAGCACCAUCACCACGCCCAUCUCACCACGAGAAGCACUCGGGGGAGGAGUGGGUGGCUGAUCUAAA